AUGGUUCGCAUUACUGAAGAUUUAAUCCGGAAACGUGCUGAACAUAAUAACUGUGAAAUUUCUACUUUGGAAGAAGUUUCCCUUCAUCAACAAGACAUCGAAAGAAUCGAGAAUCUUGACAAGUGGUGCCGAGAAUUAAAAAUUUUGUACUUGCAAAGUAAUCUCAUUCCUAAAAUUGAAAAUGUGAGCAGGCUCAAGAAAUUGGAUUAUUUAAAUUUGGCCUUGAAUAAUAUUGAGAGGAUUGAAAAUCUUGAAGGCUGUGAAUCUCUCCGAAAACUUGAUCUAACAGUGAAUUUCAUUGGUGAAUUGACCAGCAUCAAAUGUCUCAAAGAUCUGUAUCAUUUCAAUGAACUAUUUUUGACAGGAAAUCCAUGUACACAAUUUGAAGGUUACCGAGAUUAUGUCAUUGCUACCUUACCAAAUCUUAAAUUUCUAGAUGGAAAAGAAAUUGAAAAAUCAGAAAGGAUCCUCGCUUUGCAGGAUUUAAAAUCAAAUGAAAAAAAAAUUAUUAAACAUCAAGAAAAAUAUUUUAAAGAAAGGGAGGAGCAAAAAGCUAAAGCCAACAAAAGUACUAAUUCCAAUGAUAAAGAAAAUGGUUUUCCUGAUUCUGAAAGCACUAAAUCAAGUGAAGAGCAAGAAAAUAAAAGAGCAACAAAAGAAAAAACAGAGGAAGAACUUGAAAAAGAAUUUUGGGAUGAGGUUGUGCCUUUCACACCAGAAUCUCGAAUUGAAGUACACAAACAUUUGGAAAAACUCAGAACCAAAGAUUCAGAUGGUGAUCUUCCUGAAAAAGAAAAAAAAAUUCGAAGGCUGUUUGCAGAUGAUGGCCGUCCUUUCAAUAUUAAUGAAGCAAAGGUGGAUUUUCAUCUGACAGAUGACACUGAUGCAAAUGCAUUUAUUUUGGACUUGGCUUGUUAUAGAUAUUUAGACACAAAUCUAUUAGAAGUUGAUGUGCAGCCAUUGUAUGUUCGAGUAAUUAUCAAAGGAAAGAUAUUCCAACUUGGCUUAAAUGAGGAAGUCAACACGGACAGUAGCUAUGCCAAGAGGUCACAGGUAACAGGCAAUCUCCUAAUUACAAUGCCUAAGAUGAAGCCAAUUCUGUAUAAGAAAAAGAAACCUCAACAAACUACAAAUGAAAAGGAAAUUCACCCAAAUCACAAGACUGGCCCUCAGCCAUUGGAAGUUGGAGAUGGUACAAAGUCAGUUGAUUAUUGCAAUAUUGUGAAUGAAAAGAAUAAAGGCCAACAGAAAAAACUAUUUGGCUGGCAAGGAAAGAAUAAAUGGUCAGCUGAAGAUGGAGAGAAUUCUGAAGAUUUUAUUGAUGACCCCACUGUACCUGCAUUAAUAUGA